CGGUUUCCUGUUUGCUUGCUUUGACAGCGCUCUUUCUACCAUUUGACAGCAACUGAGUGACAAUGGCUGUCCGCUACGAGUUGUGCAUUGGCCUUAACCGAGGCCACAAGACCACCAAAGUCAAGAAUGUUAAGUAUACCGGCGACAAGAAGGCCAAGGGUAUGCGUGGCUCCCGUUUGAAGAACAUUCAAACGCGUCACACCAAGUUCACGCGCGAUCUGGUUCGCGAGGUCGUUGGCCAUGCGCCGUAUGAGAAGCGAACCAUGGAGCUGCUGAAGGUGUCGAAGGAUAAGCGCGCCCUCAAGUUCCUCAAGCGCCGCCUUGGCACACACAUCCGUGCCAAGAGGAAGCGCGAGGAACUGUCCAAUAUUCUCACUCAGCUGAGGAAGGCUCAGACUCAUGCCAAGUAAAGUGGAGCAACACCAACAACAGCAACGACAACUACAACAGCAGCAGUAAACUGUGCGUGUUUUUUUUUUUACGCGGUGUUUUUUUUUAUUGUUUAAAUCAAAUACAUUCGCAAAAAAAGUGUAAAAACUGCAACUACAAAAAUAAUUCUUAUUAGUUGCACGCAACUAACCUUUAACAAAUGAAAAAUUAUCUUCAGCAAUAGACCUGUUGAUAUCCACUCUA